AUAUUUCAGUUGCUGACACACAUUGUUCUCUCAGUACGGAAGAGAACGACAGUAACGUUUGUCACACAGAAUUUGUUCUUUUAUUUCAGCGAAACGCUUGUCAAAUGUCAUGAUGUUGGACGUCCUGCUGCUCUUUUCCAGCAUCUGUACAGCUGUUGUUGGUGGAGCUUCACAGACAAUUACUGGAUACAGAGGAGAGAGAGUUGACAUCAGAUGCUCAUAUGAAUCUGGAUAUGAAUCAAAUUCAAAGUAUUUUUGUAAAGGGGAGUGUAUCUAUAAAAAUAGAAACAUCAUGGUUAAAUCAGGAUCUCCAGCUAAAGACGAGAGAUUCUCUCUGACUGACGACACGACGGCCAGAGUUUUUACCGUCACCAUCACUGAUCUGAGAACAGAGGAUGAAGGCCAAUACUGGUGUGCUGUGAAGAGGAGUAUUACUGAUGUCUAUUCAGAGAUUCUGUUGCUGGUUAAACUGGUCCCUCCUUUUAGCAUCUCAGUGUCCAUCAGUCCAUCUGGUGUAAUAGUGGAGGGAGAUUCAGUGACUCUGAACUGCAUCAGUGACUCAAACCCUCCUGCAGAAAUCCGCUGGUUUAAAGGAGGAACGUUUGUAGGAUCUGGAAGAAUCUUCAACAUCUCAAAGAUCAGCUCUGAUGACAGUGGAGAAUACAAGUGCAAGUCCAUCAAUGAACAUGGAGAGAAAUACUCUGAUGCUGUGACUUUAAAUGUCAUGUGUGAGUUAAUGAUGGUUCAGUAA